AUGGUUGAGACCUCGUGGCCGCCGAAAUCCCCGAGGGAGGCCCUUCUCAGCUCACCUAGCGGACGACGGAGAUACGAAGAGAUGCAACGCCGUCGAGAUAAUCUAGCAUCACCCUUGAAACAUGCAACUACAACGCCGAAUCUUCGGGCAACGACGAAAGCGACACAACUGUUGAGGGACGGAUUGGACGAAGGCGAAAGCGGAGAUGAGGAUACGGAAGAGGACGAAGAAACGUUGCAGCUGAAACUAGCUGCCAUUGAAGCACGACUCAAGCUGAAGCAGCUACAGAAGGGUCGGGGGAAAACAGGCACUCCAAACCCAGAUCGCCAUGGGGAUGUGGGCGCACUACAUAGACCUGCGUCGGCUGUGAGUUUUUCAUCGCGUGCCCAGGACCAAUCUGCCCAUAGUAGGGCCUCGCGCGAGCCAAGUAGCCGGGAUAACUCCGACGACCUCCAAGUACCGAUGUCACCAACCCGGCGUCUUGCACCGCCAUUGGAGCCCGCAUCCCCUGGGAGGUAUAGGUUGGGUAUCGACAAAGGACUUAAGGGUAGUGAUGUGUCACUGAGACGUCCACCAAGCUCAAAAGGGUCCGAUGCGCGAUCCAACAGCAGACUCGGUAGCCGUGAUGGGCCAAUAUCCAAUCCGCGAAAUACAUUGGUACCCCAGUCACAUUCGUUUGACGAGACGCGAAGCAAAAGCUUCAGCGAGCGAAUGGCCGAAGGCCGCGCGGCAGAGAAAUCUCGUAGGGAACGAGAUGCACGAGCCGAGAGGAUAAAAGCUGGCCGAAGCUCAGCAUUUCAAUACGACAAAACUGAAAUGGAAGCGUUCAAGACAGCCGCGGCGGAAAGGCGGCCUGAAUCUCCUUCUAAGCUUCUGACAAGGCACGGGCGAACGGAUAGCUUUAGUCGAGAAGAUGUUAUGAGAUCGGUGAACAAUCUCAAACCCUCUCUCAAGAGAAGUCAGACGACUCCCACUCUGCGAAGCGGCGAAGAAACCGAGCCGAGGUCGUUUUUACAUCGACGUGGCCAGAAGUCAGAGGCUCAGUCAUUUUCUUCCCAGCCUGAGCGCUCACGACAAAACAGCCUUACAGACGAUGCUUCUAACGAGACCGAAAGGGCGUUGGAAAAGGCGCCUGAUGCAUCAAAAUUCGAGCCGUUUUCUUCACUUCACCUUUCAAAUCGUAUCCUGCCACACUCAUUCUUGAACCGAACACUUGAAGAUAAGAAGGCUCUUCGCAUACCGGAUCUCCUUCGGAUGAUCAAAGGCGCACCAUUUGAGUUGCCAGAAGAUAUCGACGGAGAUUACGUCGUAUUUGGCAUAGUAGCCUCGAAAUCCGAUCCGAAGCAAGUGAAAGAGUCUAAGAAUGUCACUGCCCAGGCAGCUGAUCCAUUCGAUGAUGGAUUGAACAACAAGAAUCAGUACAUGGUUAUCACUCUCACCGACUUGAAAUGGACCAUCGACCUGUUCCUAUUUGAUACUGCCUUCCCACGGUAUUACAGGCUCUCGGAAGGGACUGUGGUCGCGAUUCUAAACCCUACGAUACUCCCACCGCCUAAAGACAAGAUAGAUACCAACCGGUUUAGUCUCUGCAUAUCUUCCUCCGAUGACAAAGUCCUCGAGGUUGGGACCGCACGGGAUAUCGGGUACUGCAAAGCUGUUAGGAAGGACGGUAAAACCUGCCGGUCCUGGGUAGAUGGCCGAAAAACUGAAUUCUGCGACUUUCACGUUGACCUCCAAGUGCGUCGCGCACAAGCAGGCCGGAUGGGAGUGAACGGCGGAACAGGCAUAAUUGGCCCUGGAGGCCGCUCUGGAUCACGCACCGGGUUUUACGGCGGACCCGGGCGAUCCACACAAAAGGGCCCUGGGGGGCUACUUCGGGCAGAUGGCGCCAAGUAUGACCGUGAGACUCAGUCCUUAUACUAUGUGACACCCGGCUUCAAGCCACGAAACAAUACUGGGAAUUCCUUCCAGCAUCUGCGGCCUGGUCAGUCCGCAGCUAAUCUCAUUGACGCCGACGUGGACGACCCAUUCAUCGCGGCCGGUAAGAUGGGCCGCGGCAUGGAAAACAAGGAAGAACGCUUCCGUCGCCGCCUCGUGGAACAGCAACGGGAAAGAGAGAUCACACAGAAGAUCACCUCAUCCCGUGCUGGUGGAGUCGCUGGGGAAUACCUCCGAGCCCAGAAUAACGAAAACACUCCAACAACAAACAAGGCCAUGUCUCGGUCAGGAGCCCAGCAUAGGAGAGCAGGCUCCGGCGACCCAACACUACCGUCGACCUCACUGGCUGACGGCAAGCCGCUCGGUAUGAGCUUCAAACGAGCAGAAGCGGUGAGGCUGAGCCCUAGAAAGCGUGCGCACGACGGCGACAAGCCGCACGGAAGCGGUGUCAAGAAGACGCGCUUCAUAACCUCCAAAGGCAUCAAAGAGGCUGGAAGGGACAGCCUGGGAGGCAAUCCUGAUGCCAUACCGCAGACGAAUGAUUUCGAUGACGACGACGAACUCGAGAUUGUUUAG